AUGUGGACGCGUACUAUUAUGCCCCUCGUGGCAUUGGUCACACUUUCAGCUGGCACAUAUGCGCAGUUCAACAAUCCGGAGGGCGUCGAUAUAUGGUGUGGCAAGGCUUACCGAGCCGGGGACGCUUCAUUUAGUCCCGGAGGCGGCUUUGUAGAUCCGCCGCUGUCGCCUACGCCACUGCUUCAUCUCCAGGUCAAGCCACGGAUGAGCAUCUACUUAGACACCGACGUUGAAGGCAGUAUCAUCGUCAACACAGGCGUGUCUCGUCAGCUAGGCGAGCCCAUUGCGGCAAAGUAUCUGUCGCCAUCUUUGUCUUCGCUCGAGAAGGUGCUCAAACUCGUGGUACUUGCGAAUGGAACGCCAAUGACAACAGCAGUCCUUGGCAUCAACUCGACCAACAAUGAGAUAGCAAUCGACCUCGGCUAUUUGGCCGCCCGCUUCAAUCCACACAACAUCACAGUAUUGGCAACGCUUGCCAAUGGCAUCGUCUACUCAGCCUCGACCACCCUGCACCGCUUGCCCUACCCCGAUGACUACGGCUCUGUCUCGCGCCUGGACAACCUUUACGGCGGCCUCUGGGUUCAGCGCGGAAAAAACUCCACCUGGGAGGUCAUCUUUCCGUAUACGUACUACGUUCAGUGGUCGCUGUACUGGGAUAGCAAUGUGACUACUCUGGACGACUUUGCCGCCAUGGGGUACAACAUGAUCCACAUUGUUCCCACAGGCACUCUUGCCGAGUCCCCUUUUCCCUGGGAUCAGUUUCAGCCGUACCUCGACCGCGCCGCUGAGUUGGGACUAUUUCUUCAAUACGACUUUAGCUGGACUCCGACAAACGACAGCAGCAUGGUCGAGCAGGCUACGCGAUUGCGGAAGCACCCUUCCAUCCUGUUGUGGUACCAGAGUGAUGAGCCUGACGGGAAGAGCAAUCCACUGAACAGCACCGGUCUUGCACGGAACACCUUGUGGACGAUUGACCCGUACCACCCGUCCUCGUUGGCUCUGAACUGCGCCGACUUUUACUACUCCGACUAUGCUGCCGGCGGCGAAAUAGUCAUAUCGGACGUGUACCCCGUUAGCACCAACACCAGCUGGUCUACCGUGUACGAUACACCCUGCAACGCCACAUACGGCUGCUGUGGUUGCGACAACUGUGGAGGCAGUUUCGAGGAUAUUACGCUACGCCUCCAGGACUUCCACCACCGGGAUGAGUUGCUUGGCUGGCAAAAGACGCAUUGGGCGGCGCCGCAGGCUUUUGGCAAUGAAACUUUCUGGACCCGAUAUCCGAACGCUGCCGAGGUCAUUGUUAUGUCGCUGGUGGCCGUCAAUCACGGUGCCAAGGGCCUUGUUGCCUGGGACUUUCCCACUACGGCUGGCCUGUCAAUGGCCACAACGCAACUAGCCAAGGUUAUGACUAGCAGCGUUUUUUCUUCUUUUGUUCUGCAGACUCCCAUCUCCGAGUCCCUGGCCAUUCAGGGUGGUAGUCUUGUCGACGCGGCUGUCUGGGUAAAUAAGGAGACAAAAGAGGCACUGCUAACAGUUAUCAACCUAAAUUACGCCGAUCUCAAGCUGCCUAUCCAGGUUGCGCUUCCCGCGAAUAUUACCGUCGAGUCAGUCAGUAGUAAUCUAUGGGGAAACGUGUCAUGGAGUGUAACCGGGGAAGGCAACACUUUAUUAGCAUCCGCUGGUCUCCUUGGCCUACAGGCAUCGAUGGUCAUACUAAGUCUAGCGUAA